AUGGGCAUCUGUGGCCUCCUCCAAAACCUCAAGUUCUGCACCCGCAAAGGAAGCGUCCGUGAAUUCUCUGGCAAAUGUAUUGUUGUAGAUGCUUCUUCUUGGCUUCACAAGAGUGUGUACUCAAUCGCAGAACAUUAUGUGGAAGCCUAUGAACGAGGGAACAUUGAUCCUCGGUGCGUCAACACAUCCGCAAAAUAUAUCUUUACACGAUGCGAAGAACUGCUGAAUUAUGCCGGGAUUUCCAAUAUUUUCCUCGUCAUGGAUGGCAAACGCUGUCCGCUCAAGGCCGUCACCAAUCAAGAUCGAGAGAGUCGGCGUCGUGCCAACUUGAUGGAAGCUCGUGCAUUCAAAAAACAACAUAAGAGAUCGCUAGCAGAAGAGAAGUACAAGGCCUGCAUCAAGAUUGUGGACAGUCUAACCAAGGCAGUCAUGGCAAACGUCGAAUCCAAGUGCCGUAAAAAGAACAUGAAUAUUCACUUUGUUUGGGCUCCUUAUGAAGCAGACGCUCAGAUGGUGCGCAUUUGCGUCGAUGGACAGGCUGAUGCGAUUGUGACAGAGGACUCCGAUGUGCUGGUGUAUCUCGCAGCUUGUCACGCGCCGUACCCCGUGCUGUACAAACUAGACAGAGGGUCUGGUCAAUGUUCGAUUACAUCGAUGGAAUUCCUUUUGAAUCCUUCCGACACGCAGUCAUUUGCCAGAGCAAAACAAAAUAGCAAGAACAACAGCCUGGCAGGCUUUCAAUCCACUCUCAACGGUAUGAGGUUUGCUCAGAAGAAGGAACCUGGACACGGUGUCAGACAGUUCGUUCAAGCAUGUUGUCUUUCUGGCUGUGACUAUGCCCCCAACAUGCUCCAUGGUAUCGGUCUGGUGACGGCGUUCAAACUAGUCCGAGGAAAUUGCAACGAAGCCCCUGAAAAAGUGUUCCGAAAGGUACUCUCCAGCCUUCCCGAUAAGGCGACAAAAAACAUAGACCGGACUCAGUACGAGGAAAACCUUGCCAAGAGCGAAGCGGUUUUUUACUACCAUCCUUGCCUGGACAAGGCAGGCAACAUCACGACCUUGGUGAGCCCCAAAGUGGACGGAGAAUCUACAAGCCGCUUGAACAAAUGGUAUCCAGACCUUGGGUUGUUUGAGGACAUCUCGUUUCUAGGAAAUGACCAUUUCUUGAAAGACUUACAUGCUGGUAUUUCCAAAACAACCACGGCGAGACCUGCACUUCUUCCGAUUUCAAACACCAUUUCAGCAAGCAAUACUUCGAACAAAACACCAACGCACGCAUGCGGGAACAGGAAAGUCGCGGCGCUUCCUCCCAUGCGCAAAAGAGUCUCUCGAAUUCCCCCAACAAACCCAUAUCUCAAGAAGGCUCGGGUGCCGCGACAACACGACAACUUUCGCGAAAAGGAGGCUGCCAAAGAUGACGAAAAUGCGUGCGAUGAGAUCCUGACAGCGUACAGAAACGAAAGGACUGAACGACCAUCCAGCGUUCCCGUGCCAACUAAUGGUUUUGGAUUACAACAAUUCGCUUUCAAGGGCGAUGUUCGUCACGUGAAGCGUCAUUUCGGUCCUGAACCUCCGGCAACAAGACCAGCUCGUGGAAAUCACCCGGUCCGGCCAUCUAGACCUUUGCAUGCCCCCACAUUGAGUGCACCGACAUUGGUUGAACCGAAACCCGCAAAGAGGGUUGCAGCCGAGUUCCAGUAUGACGUCGACACACAGGAGCUUGACCCGAGUGAGACGUUGAGUUAUUCAGAACUUAGUACUGUUGCUUUGCCAUCGGAUACCAGAACUACGAACAACGAUCGGCGCCGUCGUGAAUCCAAAGCAGAACAGCCAACUUUCGACACAUUCCAGACCAACGAAAGCGAUAGCGAGAGUUCUUCUCUGGCAGACCCACACGAGCAAGUAUCGACGUACUUUCCUAGACAGCCUCGACAACGUGGCAGUCCUACGCGAGAGAGGCGCAUAACACAUUUGUCUGAAUCUGCUGACGAAGUGGAAGUCCGUUCGAGAAGCAUUGAUGCAAAGCAUCGUCGCGCAGAGAACAGGCAGUCUUUUCCAAUUGACGAGAACAAGCAGUCUUUUCCAGAUGACGAGAGCCCUCAUGGCGAGCGCUUAGUACAAAAUGGUUUAGCCCAAUACUCUCCCCGGCAAAGCAUGGUACGGCGCUGUCGAAUCCGGGAAAACAUUCAUCAAGAGGAGAACUAUUCCUCUUUCGAAGGGCCACCCCAAGAUGAGUUGAGUUCAGUCCCGUCUCCUGAAAACCAAGGCAGCCACGGUAACAUACACAAGACCUCCUAUCCAACCUACCCAGAUGCGGACUACUCUUCCCAAGAAGAUCUACAUGAAGAGGAUUUGAUGAAAGCACACGCUUCUGGGAACUGCCACACUCUGCAAAGGCGAGACGACCGACACUGUUCAAACGCACGAGUCCAACAGACAGCGGCGAAUUCUGAUUACUCUUCUGGAGAGGAUCUUUCGGAAGAGGAAUUUCUUCGUCAGGACGCAUUUCCUGACCAAAGAGGUGUCUUGCCAGAUCGCCAAUCCGAGAGAUUUGAAUCAGUCCGAGGAAAGAACGGUCACAAGGAAGCUUCGUACGACGAUCUGUCGUCGUCGAGACACUCGAGCCGAGGUCGUGGAGCUCCUUCGUUUUCAAACCAGCCAUUACAGAUGAGACAACAACUGAGCUGGAAGCAGAAGGCACGGCGUUCAUCGUACGACGACGUUGUUGUUUUGGAUAAUCCUGAUUUGGAGACAAGCAAGUAUUUCGCAAACAAGACAAGAUCUAGGAGAGUGACGCUCGAAGGAGAGGGAAAUAGGCACGAUGAUUCUCUUGACGAUGACUCGGUGGUUGAUCUCAGCGAAAUCGUCGACGAAGAAGAGUGCCUGCCAGCUUUUGACGAAGAAGAGUGCCUGCCAGCUUUUGACUACGGUCCUGCUGUCCGUGCCGUGCACACCAACUCCGACAAUCCCUCUUCAAGCUCACACGAUGAACACAACCGUGUAUAUUCCCACCAACCAAAGGUGCGAACAAACUUCAAACCUAAACCUUUUCGAAACCCCAAGCGAAAUUCGGGACCGAGCCCACUAGAGAAAGCCUUCCAGCACCAGAAUGAUCGGUACGGCUCUACGAGGAGUGGGAGUUCCCAGCCUCUAUUUUCCUUGGGCCAGAUCAAUUCCAUAACUAGAUCCAACAGAAAUGGUGCUGGAAAGUCGAAGAAAGGCAACGCCUCUCAGCAGAGGUCGCUUCUUGGGUUCGCGGGGUUCGGACUGACAGUAAAAAUUCUCGAGAGAGAGCAGGAUGACUUUUAA